AUGCCUGCUACAGUUAAACCAUUUGUUUGUAACAUUUGUGAAAAAACAUUUAAACGAAACUACAAUCUUAAAUCUCAUGCGAGAGUCCACAAUACAGAGAGACCAUUUGUUUGUGACAUUUGUGGAAAAGACUUUCCGAGAAGAUCUAGUCUGGUCAGGCAUCGGGAUGUCCACACUGGAGAGAAACCAUUCUCUUGUGAAAAUUGUGGAAAAGCAUUUUUGCAAAAAAGUAAUCUGAUCAGCCACCAGGAUGUCCACACUGGAAAUAAACCAUUCCCUUGUGAAAUUUGUGGAAAAGCCUUUUCGCUCAAAUCUAGCCUGAGUAGCCAUCAGCAUAUCCACACUGGAGAGAAACCCUUCGUUUGUGACAUCUGUAAAGUUAGUUUCAGUCAAAAGAGUUCUUUAAGAGCUCAUCUGCGUAUCCACACUAAUGAUAAACCAUUUGUCUGUGACUUUUGUGGAAAGGCAUUUAAUCGAAAAAGCAGUCUAAAUACUCACCAUAGACUCCAUACUGGACAGAAAAAAUUUGUUUGUGACAUUUGUGGAAAAUUCUUUGAUUGGAAAUCGGGGCUGACCAGGCAUCAGUUCAUCCACUCAGUAGACAAGCCGUUUGUUUGUGACGUUUGUGGAGCUGGUUUCAGUCAACCGGGUACUUUUAGAGAUCAUCUGCGUAUCCACACUAAUGAGAGGCCAUUUGUUUGUGACAUUUGUGGAAAAUUCUUUAAUUGGAAAUCGGGGCUGACCAGGCAUCAGUUCAUCCACUCAGUAGACAAACUGUUUGUUUGUGACGUUUGUGGAGCUGGUUUCAGUCGACAGGGUACUUUUAGAGAUCAUCUGCGUAUCCACACUAAUGAGAGACCAUUUGUUUGUGACAUCUGUGGAAAAGCAUUUAAACAAAAGAAACAUCUGACUAGACAUCAUUAUCUCCACACAGAUGAUAGACAAUUUAGUUGUGACAUUUGUGGAAAGGCAUUUAUACAACAGAAACACCUGACCAACCAUCAGAAUGUCCACAAAGGAGAGAAACCAUUUGGUUGUGACAUUUGUGGAAAAGCAUUUAUACAAAAGAAACAUUUGACUAGACAUCAUAAUAUCCACACAGAUGAUAAGCCAUUUGUUUGUGACAUUUGUGGAAAGGCAUUUAAUCAAAAGGGCAGUCUUAGUAAUCACAAGCGACUCCACAUUACAGAGAAAACAUUUGUUUGUGACAUUUGUGGAAAAGCCUUUCCGUGGAAAUCGAAGCUGACCAGGCAUCAGUCCGUCCACUCAGGAGUCGAACCAUUGUGGAAAAAGUUUUUGCGAAGACCUAGUCUGAUGAGCCAUCAGUCUGCCACUCAGUUUGUGAUAUUCGUGGAAAGUCAUUUCUUCAAAAAGUCAGCCUGA